GUGGUGGAGGCCCCCAGCGUGGCCGCUCGGGGCUCCCCAGGAGCCCUCGUCUCAUCCCGCUGCCUCCUCCGAGGCUGUGGGCCUCGCUGCUUGGCUCGCUGCGUGCCUUGUCCGUCCUCAUGUCCUCCCGUUUGGGGACUGCGAAGGGAGAAAGCUGCGGUCUCCGAGUUAAUAACCAGCGUCAAGCGCGUGGCCUCUCCGCAGCGGCGACCGAGGAAGCCCCCAGCGUGCCCUCGCACCCUGCUGUGGGUGCUCAGCGUUCGCUGUGGAAACGCGAGGGGCUGGGGAGGGAGAGGCUGUGUCCCGCAGCCUCCUCACUUAGCAGCGGUGUUCGUCACCGUCAGCGGAUGAUCAGUGUGUAACCACAGGAGAAACCUUCGAGCGGUGAGGGAAAGGCAAGAGGAACGCUGGUCUGGCUCUUCUGAGGGCGGCAGUCGCACAGCUGUCUCCUGGGUUGCUGCAAAGUGUGUUAGGAAUCGUUCGCGGGGUGAUUGUAGUCGUAAGAAGUUUAGCUAGGAAGUAGUUUACACCAGCUUUAGGCACAGUUUGCAUGUGAAAACUUCUCUCCAUACAAAAAUACUAGAUGACUUUAAAAACACACGAUGCUAUAAAACAGUCUCAGGAAAGUGUCUGAGUCUGUUCCAGUGUCUGCGUGGACCUGGCUCUGCAGCCAGGCAUUUUUUUAGGAGAAAGGAGAAACCUGGGAGUUUUCUCUGGUAAUCUGAGCAGUUUUUGUAACAGGUGGCUCAGAGUGAAAUGCAAGCAAGUUUUCAACAACCUUAAUGAGGAAAAUAUCGAAUUAUUAAUAACUUUGUCAUCACUGAUCAGUCGGUGGCCAUGUAGGAAUUUGAACUAUGAAUGUAGGCAGACAUUGCUAAUUUCUUCAAAGUUAGACUGUUUUGUUUGUUUGUUUGUUUGUUUUUCUUUUUUUCCCCAAACUGGUUGCUGAUAAGAUUGCACUGAUGAGCAUAAAUUAUAUUAUUUUAUGUUCUUACUCCUACUUCUUUAUCACUUGACCCUAGAAGUCGUCUUUGUUUGGACUGGUGGUGCAGUUGGUGUACCAAAAUCUGAACCAUUUUGCUUGCUCUUUCAGCAUAUCAGCAUGUUUGCUGUCUUGCAGCCCUUUGGAAUUUUUCUGGUACUGGAACCGUUAUCAAAAACACCAUGAGUGAGCCAGAGACCUCCUCCUCCUCAUCUUUCAGCACACUCAUGUGCAAAGGGACUAGCUGAAAGCAGAGAAACCCAACUCUCUGCUGUCCGAGGGAAUGAAGAGCUGAUGUGUUUCCUUUACCAAGGCAGGUUUUGUUAAAGGUUCACCCUGGAUCAGAGGCAAGCAAAGAGCAACAACUAACAAUCCAACACAAAUUGAAAUAGCACCUGAGCUUGUAGCUGUUGCGCAAACACAUAAACAUCAAGAACCUUCCAGUUAUGGGCUCGUCCGGGAUCUUGUCGCCUGCCAAAGAUUUCUUGCCACCACAGGCUGGAAGGUGCACCCUGCUGAUUUCAGCGGUCCCGUUGGGGGCGGUGGGUCGUCUUGGUAUGGCCGGCAAAGGACCGAGACUGUUAAUCUGAAGACAGGCUCUGCGAAGCUCUGGGGAGAAGGGGGGCCAGCACUGACAUACAAAGCCCAGAUCAGGUACAGGGACAGGGAUUACUGCUGAUAACCUGAACCAGGAAGCUGUGCACGGACCGAGAUGAAUAUCUGCAAUAAGCCUCCUAACAAGACAGCUCCAGAGAAUUUCGGCGAAGCUGUUCCUGAGGUGCAGGUCCAACGCGCUCGAAGGAAUGGCUGGAGCUGGCCUCUGCACCCUUUCCAGAUUAUUGCCUGGUUGCUGUACCUCUUCUUUGCGCUGGUUGGCUUUGGAAUCCUCGUUCCUCUCCUGCCCCUCCACUGGCUGCCCGCUGGCUAUAUCUGUCCAGGAGUGUGUUUUAUCUAUCAUUUAGUUGUUCAUCUUGCUGCAGUCUCCAUUGAUCCUGCGGAUGCAAAUGUGCGAGAAAAAAACUAUCUAGGGCCUCUGGCCACCUUCAAUCGUAAUCAACAUGCACAUGUCAUUGAAAACCAUCAUUGCCAUGUCUGUGAUGUAAAUGUGAGUGCCAAAUCAAAGCACUGUGGAACUUGCAAUAAAUGUGUGUGUGGCUUUGAUCACCACUGCAAAUGGCUCAACAACUGUGUGGGAGAGAGGAAUUACUGGUUCUUUUUGAAUAGCGUGCUGUCUGCCAUUCUGGGCCUUGGCCUUCUGCUCCUCGUUGCUUGCUACGUCUUUGUGGAGUUCUUCAUCAACCCCAUGAUGCUUCGCUCUGACCAGCACUACGAAGUUCUGAGGAACCACACAGACGUCUGGUUUGUGUUUCUUCCUGCUUCUCCUGUUGAGACUGGGGCUCCAGCCAUUUUGGUUCCAGCUGGGACUUUUAUUCUACUGAGCCUAGUGACAUUGUUCCUGCUAGGCCACCUCUUGAACUUUCACAUCUAUCUCAUGUGGAACAAGCUGACUACGUAUGAGUACAUCCUGCAGCAGCGUCCCCAGCAAGAGGCCAAAGAGGCAGACAAGCAACUGGAAUCUUGUCCCUCCCAAGCGAUCCCCAGUCAGGAAUUAGACCUUUUUUCAGGUAACCCUGGCUAUACAGACCCCAGUAUUCAAGUAGAGGACUUCACAACAGUAACUUCAGGAAAAGGCUUUUCAAAGCUCUACAUCCACAACGAUGAAGCUGAUCCUGAGCAGACUGCCUCUCCUGACCUCCCAUCUCUUCACUUCGCAGUCCCUUCACAGAGAGAGAAGAAAAGACGAAAGAAGACACACAAGACUUCUUCUUCAGCAACGGAGAGCAGAUCUAAACCACAUGCUAGACCUUGGCCCUCUUUCCCAGGUCCUCAGUCAGAGUUUCCAGCCACAGCUGCUGCCACCUCCUCUUCCCACAGCCUUCGCCUCGUAGUGCCAGCUUUCCCUCCGAGAGCUUCUGUGCCCCCCAGCAACACCGGCCCCAUCCAGGCGGCGGGACCCCCGGCUGACUAUCACUCAGAGUCUGCUGAGUCCAUGGAUGAAAUUCCUGUGGCUCAGACUUGCCUUGGGAGCACAGCCCCUCAUGGUCCUUCUAAGAAUAGCUCAAGCAAUGCUCAGCAUUAUCCUGUGUCCACGGACAAUCCCAGAGGUGACAGGGAGAAGAAUCUGUAUUCUGGGCACAAGGCAAAAAGGAAAAGGUGCCAGCAAGACAGACACAUAGAACAAGACCUGGAACUUUUUUCUAAGAUUCCCGCUGUGUUUGUAAGUAAGAGCAGUGGAGAACCUCAACUGUCACAGCCCCAGCCUGCUGGGAACACAUCUGAACCACAACACAGAAAAAGCACCAGCAAGCAGCGUUUGGGCAGACACAAUCCACGCUUAAAGGACGUAAGGACAAACACCACAGUGGCCUAGUGAUCAGCCUUCCAAAGCCAUACCCUUUGGGAACGAGACAAGAGGUUCUCUUUCUAUUUGUACGUUGCUGUUCAAAGAUCUUGACGCCAGAAACGCGUUCUCUGGAGGUAGCAGCAUCCCUUUACAUGAUGCUGACCAUCUUACAGCAGACCUAGCUGAGAGGCAGAAAAAAAAAAACCCUGCUGCAUCACUAUAGUUUUUUUCUGCCUGCUUCAUCUUCCUAAGCCAGGUAGUGCCCCUGAGCCCAAUUCCCCUCUUCUUGUCGAGGGGAACAGAUUCCCGUGACAGGGAUGCUAAGGGCAACCUCUGGCCCUUAGCCAGUGUUAACACUCCGUAGAGCACUGAGGGCCUCAUCCCCACACUGUGUGCGUGCCACCACACCACAGGGAGACAUUUCUUGCUGCCUGGCUAAAGGCAACAGGCAAUAAGGAGACAAAACUGAGGGAGGCGCCUUGAGAAGCUGCUAGAGUGAACUAAGACAGUGUUUUCCAUAGCAAGGGGCUGUCCCCUCCUGGCCCUCUGCAGACCAGUACUGCAGUAAAUUUUGGUGUGUGGGGGAAAAAAAACACAAGGCUGCAUCUCUGCCAUCCCCUGGUACCCUGAAAACUAAAUUUUCCAUCUGCCUCUACCCAGUCAGUCUCUGGAUCACGUCUGGGGCACUCACUAGGUAGUCAGGGAGUAACCUCAGGAUUGCUCUGUCCCUACACCACUUUCCACUGUGCACCUUCAAGCCAAGUCCACCAGCAUGUAUUCUCUAAAGCGGUGUGGGUUGUCCUACCCAACUGCACCUUCCCAGCAGCCUGAAGUGCCCCACAGUGCAGCUUUCUCAUCAGAAACUCUGGGACACAGCAGGUCCUGAAAGCUUUCCAUCCCCUGGGCUUGCCAAAUCAGUCCACAGCCAAGCUUGGACUCUCUGUAUUGCAGAAAAAAUCCCACACCAGACACCGGGGCAUGUGGCCAGUGCCUGGAGUCACAGCUCUGUGCCGGUGGUGAGAAGCAGAGAGCUGUCUGGGCUGCAGAGCCUGUGCUUUCCCUGUCCUCCUGGCUUCCACAGGCAGCAUGCCCUGCUGCAAAUUCCUGGCUGAGCACCGAGGCCAGGGCUGCCAGGAAGCCCAGAUCUGCCUAGCAGCCAGCUACCUCAGAGCCCAGGAUAGCAGCGAAGCACUCAUCCCAGCGGGCCUGGCCACCAGCACGUAUGUGCCUGACACCAUUUCCCACCCGACAGCUGCACAGCCCCUGCCUCCCUGCCAUGGCAGCUCGCACCAUUUCUGAACAGGCACUGCACGUAGGUGCACCAGCAGAGAGGAGACGUGGGGAGCUUUUAUCACCCUGCCACAUCGUUUCAUGCAUACAACGCAAGGCCAACCCAUUCUCCUUACUGUGGUGAGUGCAGGCUAGGGAAGGAGAAGACAUGUUCCUGGGUGAGUCCCCCUAAGCCAUUCCUCCACUUGCCUAGGCCUGGAACAGCUCCGUCGGUGAGCAGUAGAACAGAAUAGUUCACUUAGAAGGGGCCUACAAAGAUCAUCGAGUCCAACUGCCUGACCACUUCAGGGCUAACCAAAGGGAAAAUAUUACUGAGGGCUUUAUCCAAAUGUCUCUUGAACACUGACAGGCAUGGGGCAGCAACCACCUCUACAGGAAGCGUGUGCCAGUGUUUGGCCACCUUCACAGUAAAGAAAUUUUCCCCUAUAUCCUGAGACCGGCACAUCCCUCCCUGCUUCCCCUGCUCAGGGAGAUGCAGAGAGCGAUGAGGCCGCCUCUCAGCCUCCUCUUCUCCAGACCAGAGAGCCCAAGUGUCCUCAGCCCUCUUGGCUGCCAGGGCACACUGCUGAGCCUGCUGCCGACCACAUCAGCAAUGUGGGCCAUUUCUGGUGGUCCAUGUCCAGAGCAAGCCAGGAUUUUGGGGGACAAACGGCCUUUGGGCACAGCCAACAUGGGGCUGGCAGGCUUGACCCCCAGCUCCGAUGUGGCCACCUCCCAGCCCUGCUCUUGUCCAUUGUCCCACUGCUCACACUGGCUUCAGCACCAUGCAAGUCCACUGCCUGUCCCUGGAGCUUUAGAUCCCAACAGAUUAUUCCAGAGUCACCUUUGCCUGCAAGGAGACAGACAGGCCCUGAGAGGAGCUUGGGGCUCUGCUCCUUCUGCCAGGGAUGUGCAGAGACCAGGGGGACUCCCUUCUAGACACGUUUCCUGCUCCAAAGUUUAAUGAAGUCUCCAAAGCUGGUCCAACUGCUCCUCCUCACCCCUCAUUUUGCCACGAGGUGCUGGCAGGCAGCGGUACCAGACAAGCUCAUGGCAAGCUGCACGGUAAGGGCACGGUGUGUAUGGCACAGACAAGGCGAAUGUUGGAAUGAAUUCGCUGGGUUUGAAGGGUUUAUGGGGCCGAGGUGAUCCCCAGAGCCAUCGGUCAGCAGAAGUGAAGUCUCGUGGUUGGAAGUCAUCAUAUUUAGACAUGCAAGGAGGGUUUCCCUGUGGUCAUGCACGUUGCAGCUUCCCGUGCUGCUGUAGCCGGGGUACCCGCUGGCAGGGUGACCCUUGGGAAACGCUGGCACGUGUGGGACCAGCACUUGUGGCCCAGCAGAUGUUGUGCUGCUCAUCCGCGGAGACCAGGACGUCUGCCCUACAUGGAUCCAGGUUAGACCGAGUCCUUCCUGUUGUUUCUCCCCGUGUUUGCUGCAAUCCGCCCUGCAGAAGGCUGGGCUCAGGGUUUUCAAAGGCCAGCUGCCCCACCACCCGGGAAGCAUUAAUACUUUCUCUCCAGCAGGUGCCCCCGAGCAGACCUUUUGUGUUUCCUUACCUUUUGUCUGUGCAGAACCAGUCCCAAAGUCAUGUAUGGAGCUUUUUGUUAGCUCUGUCCACAAUAAAAUUUUCUAUGCCUUUUGCUAAA